AUGUCGGACGAGAACGGUUCGCGAAGUCCGACUUCGCCCCUUACGACGACAAGCAAUACCAGUAGGAAGCAGACCAUAUCAUCACCAGGAACGACAGCUUCACCAGCGCCCUCGGGACACUCCUUUAAACGCGCCGUGACCGUAGACGAGACAGCUCAGAUGCGGCGGCGGCCACCUUUCAGCCACAUUCCAACAGAAAACUCAUUCGCCGAGAGAGACCUUGGAAGGAGGAGAAGUUCGACCUUGUCAGAUUACAGCUUUGGUGAUGCGAGAGACUUUCUGAAUCCCAGACCUGGUGAUGGUGCAUCAUCAACUUCGGCGGACGAAAUGUCCAACUGGGCCUCGAUUCCUUUGGCAUUUGCACUUUUACCGGCGGUCGGUGGUCUGCUCUUCAAGAAUGGCAGCGCCGUUGUGACGGACGUCAUGUUGCUUGGCUUGUCGGCCGUGUUCCUGCACUGGUCCGUGACACAUCCAUGGAAUUGGUAUCACUCGGCGCAAGCAGUGCGAGUAAGAGCGGAGAUCAGCACGAGCGCUGUGAUUGACGAUGAGAGCGAGACGGAGCAGGCGGUCGGAAGCCCUUCACCGGCAGCAUCCACGGCUAACGGCCAUACGACUAACGGAAGCGUCGACGAAGUGUAUGAAGUACCCACCACGCCUACAUCUUUUGUCCAGGAACGAGUACAUAAGGCGACGACGCCAAGAACCAAAAAGGAAGACGCAUUGGCUGAGCUAUGGAUACACGAGAUCUUGGCCUUGGUAUCAUGCUUCAUGUUCCCUAUGCUGGGCGCGUAUUUGCUACAUGCCAUCCGCGCACAGCUCAGCCGGCCCUCGGAGGGACUGGUCUCUAACUACAACUUGACGAUUUUCCUCUUGGCUGCGGAGGUACGACCGAUUUCGCACCUCAUGAAGCUCGUGCAGCGCAGGACCAUUCAGCUGCAGCGGGAUGUCCAUGUAAACCCGUACAAGGACGACGGUGCCACGUCAGAUCAGAUGCGCGUGCUCAUGGCACGGUUGGAAAUGCUGGAGUCACGGCCUGAGCCGACGCCGAUGAAGCACAACGGGAACUCGGACAGUUCGAAAAUCAAGUUAGAGGCCGCCAUUGCCCGCGAUGUUCGCAACGCCAUCCAACCCGAUCUGGAUGCGCUGAAUCGGGCUGUGCGGCGAUACGAGAAGAAGGCGACGGUACUUGCCUUCCAGACCGAAUCACGGUUCGCGGCAGUCGAUACCCGCUUGAACGAUGCCAUUGCGUUGGCGGCGGCGGCGGCAAAGAACAGUGUAGCCAGGCCGGGCUUCAUGCAGUGGCUCGUUGAGUCCGUGUGGGCCAUCAUUACGAUGCCCUUCUUUGCUGUGGUCGCUCUGCUGGUGCUCCCCUUCAAGACGGUUAGAGGGUUGCUUAAGCGGAAGAAGAAGUCCCUCCCUGAGAGGACGUCCAAGUCCGGUCGAAAUGGCAAGGCUAUGGGCCAUGGGAGGAUGGCGGCAGACAGACAGCCGAGCCGCGUCUCAAAGAGAUAA